AUGAACGCUUUCACCUGGCACAAAGUCGAUGCCGUUUUUGGAGUGUUAGCUCUUGCACUGGGGACAUAUGGUGCCCAUGGCUUUAGACCCCAGAAUCCCUUUUACAAGGAGGUAAGGCAGACCGCCUUUUUGUACCAUUUGGUUCACACAGGUGCACUUGUCACCGCCCCUUUCACCAAACAUCCUCAUUUUUUCGGAGGGCUCUUGACUUCUGGAAUUCUUUUGUUCUCCGGGUCGUGGUACACAGCUGCACUGUAUGAGGACAGAAAAUACCCCAUGUUGGCACCAGUUGGCGGUUUCGCGUUCAUUGCUGUUUGGGAGAGCCACGUCAUAUGUCUCAACGACCAGAACGCUUUGAGGGACAGCGCUAGUCAGCGGUGGGAAGUCGCAGGAACCAGGGUCCUGGCGGGCCACUUCUUGUGGGACCUUCGGCAGUACGUCACCCCGCCGCACCUCCUGAUCACCAUGCUGAGGGACCCGCUGGAGCUGUUCGUGUCCGCGAAGCAGUUCAAGCACAGGGAGGAGACGGCCAGUCUCGAAGCCGCCGCGGACUUCGUCGCGAGCAAUAUGCGGGGUCGCCUAGGGUGGGAAGACCCUUCGGACAUCGGUUUCGUUCGACGGUUUUUGGGCACGGACGCCGCGAACAGCUACGACCCUCAGCUUGUGUACACGAAAGAGCAGUCCUCGGCGAUGGCAUCGACCGCGGCCGAACACCUCAGCAACUUCUGGGUGGUAGGAGUAGUGGAGCAGUACGCUGGUUUCGUAAACGUUCUCCAGCACACGCUGGAUCCGGAGCUAGAGCACCCCCGACUUUGGGAGGCCGCAUCAGAGGUUAACAACAACGGGUCUCCGGUGCACUCCCGCGACGUACUCGACCGCAUCGAUCCGGACCUGGUGCGAGAGUUCAACGCUACUCUCAGCUUCCAGUGGCAGGUAUACGACGUAGCCUUGCAGCUUUGGGACUCGAGAUGCCGUGAGGUGCUACCUCUCCAAGAUCACAGCAGCCUUUGCUCGGUUCCCGGCCACAAGUCGAGCCUUUCGUGAGGCAUCUCAGUUUGGCUUCUUUUUGCGAAGGCAUUUGGGUGCGGUGCAAAGAGCCUCGAGCUUUGAUUCGGCGGGAUUUUUCGAUGCGAUAGUGUUUGUGGCCGCCCCCUCCGUGGGGGGGGGCACUUUCUGGCCAGCACCACAACAACGUUUGGCGCUCACCACAUGUACAGUAUGUAGGAAUACGCGUUGUUGUCCUUUCCGUAUGAUGAUGUAGCCUUCGCUAUUGGUGACAGUUCGUGGAGAAGGUGGAAGUGAAAGCCUUUCCAACCUCUCACCCUGUCUAGUCUGGUGACAAUUCGUGUAGAAGGGGGAAGUGAAAGCCUUCCUACCCUCUCACCCUGUCCAGUCUAGUGUUUAGUAGUUCAGCUGUCUCAAUUUUCCCGUCUGACGUGUACAUUUGCCAAGCCGAUACAAUGUUGUUUCUACAUAGUAGUCGAGUGUUUCAUAAAUCAGCUGUCUCAAGUUACCUGUCUGACGUACAUUUUCUUACUACAGGCCAAACUCUCCCGUGUUUGCGCUAGGGU